GGUUUCCGGUGUUAUGGUGACCACACGACAACAGCAUCGGUCCAGUCUGAGAGCAGCAGGCUGUUUCUUUAGAGUGCUGUCAAGAGAAGCAAACUAUUUCACAUGUCUGUGUAAUUCUGACUAUGGUGCUCUUGGUAACACUGGGCAUCGUUAUUUCCCUUGCUGUGAGCACCAUUGAGAAGCCUGAGAACACCAACCACAAACCAGCUGCACCGCUUCUGAACUACAGCAGGAUCUCCCUGCCGCCGGAGCACGUACCCUACUUCUUCCACAAUAACAAGUGGUUUGCCCAUCAAUGCGGCCUGGAUGCACUGUGUCCUUUUAAAGAUGCACUGAAGGAUCUGUCUGUCUGCUGGGGAUAUGAGAAGAACUGUGACCCGGGGAAACGUUUCAGCCAUCCUGUUUGUACCAAAGCUGACUCAGGAUGGGCUAAAUCACUGGAUGCAGCCCGGGAUGUUUUCUGGAAGCAGGCUGAUUUUGGCUAUGUCAAAGAGCAUCUCUCUGAGCUCAAAACUCUCUGCAAGGCCCACAAACAUGAUGAUUCAUCAUUAAGUUGCAGUAAGCACACUAGAUUCUGUCGUGCAAUAAAUCUUUACCUCGACUUGCGGAAACCUCGUCGAAGUCAUGAAAGGUACAAAGAAAACUUCAUUCAGAUAGGUGAGGUUGGUGGACAUUGCAAACUGAACAAGCAAGGACUUGCUGCUGAAGGAGAUCAUAAAAGUCCUUUGCAGUCUUGGUAUGCUGAACUACAGACAUAUAUGGAAUUUAACUUCCAUCCCAUAAAAGAUGGACAUUGUGACAUCAUUGUCGAUAAACCUACUGUUUUCAUGAAACUUGAUGCUGGGGUGAACAUGUACCACCAUUUUUGUGACUUUCUCAACCUCUACAUCUCCCAGCACAUUAACAACUCCUUCAGUUCAGAUAUCAACAUCGUCAUGUGGGACACGAGCUUUUAUGGUUAUGGAGAUCUGUUCAGUGAAACAUGGAGGGCCUUUACAGAGCAUGACAUCAUCCACUUGAAGAGCUAUGAUUCAAAAAGAGUAUGUUUUCGAGAUUCCUUCUUCUCCCUUCUUCCCAGAAUGAGAUAUGGACUUUUUUACAAUACACCUCUUAUCUCAAAUUGCUACUCUGAAGGGAUGUUCAGGGCAUUCUCACAGCACGUCCUGCAUCGAUUGAACAUCCUACAAAACAAGCGAAAGGCGGGGCAGGUUCGUGUCACCCUUCUGGUACGCAGCACAGAAUACAGAAGGAUAAUAAACCAAGUGGAGCUUGUAAAUGCCCUCAAGACUGUGACACUGCUGGAAGUCACUGUGGUGGACUACAAAUACAAGGAUGUUCCCUUUCUGGAGCAACUGAGGAUCACACACAACUCUGACAUCUUUAUUGGAAUGCAUGGGGCUGGUCUCACACACCUCCUCUUCCUCCCUGACUGGGCUGUCAUUUUUGAGCUAUACAACUGUCAGGAUGAGAGCUGCUAUCGAGAUCUGGCUCGUCUGAGAGGCAUCCGAUAUGUGACCUGGCAGAAAACGGACAAAGUGGUCCCACAGGACAAGGGUCAUCAUCCCACCCUUGGGGACCAUCCCAAGUUCACCAACUACUCCUUUGAUGUGGGGGAGUUCAUGCGUAUUGUAUUGGAGGCAGCCGAUUAUGUCUCCCACCAUCCCAAAUGGCAGCGUGGCGUCAGUCAUGAUGAACUUUAGAGCAGCUGAGAGUCUGGGAUGGAGCUCAGACAUCUUGCCGUUGAGGAACUUCUUGAUCAUGGAAAAGAUUCUUCAUGUUGGCAGAGUAUUUUUUGUGUUUUUAAAAGUGACCUCAUUCAGUCGUGUAUCUCAGUCAUGCUGCUCUCUUUUAUAGUUCUGUAUGAGUGAAAGCAGUGUGGGGAGAAGUGGAGUUUGAAUAGAUUUAAAUAUCUCUAUUACUGUCAGACCAGUUAAAGGGCACGUGUUAAUGAAGCAGCUACAGAAUAAGAUGUCCUAUGUUUCUUCAUUACCUCCACUACAGCUACUUCAUUACAUGCCAUCAAACUUCGUAAAUGAGCAGCUGUUGCAUGAUUCCUUCACAUGUGACAUCUUGUCCAGUUUGAUCACUGUCACAUUGAUAACAGCCUCUUGAGGGCUGUUGACAAUCACACAAGAGUUUCUGAGUAAAAGCAGCAUACAGCCGGAUAUUGUGUGCAGCUUUUUCAUGCUUCAUUUGCACAUGGAGUCAUUUGCCAUAAAUGCUGUCAGCGAUGUAAAAUGCAUGAUUAAAGAGGCCAUAAGAAAUCACAAAAAUGAUGUUAUCAUAAUAUUUGAAAAAUUAAAGAUAUAUUAAUAUUACUGUUGUCAGUUAAAUUCACCUUUUAUCUAGUUGGUUAAUUUGUUCUUUUGGAAAUUAAAUUAAUUGUAUAAUACACACAUUGUCAAGUUCAUACCUGUGCUAAAGUGCAGAAAAAGAACAAUUGUACUCUGUUAAAGGCAAAUAAUUGGAAAUUGAAAAGUGAAUCAAAAAAUAUCAGUCGUAAAUCCACUGUCCACUGAAACAAAAUCAGGUAUGAUUUCAUCACACUUAUUAUUAACAAAAUAUACACAGUGUUGAUAGUUUCACUUGUUAGCUGAAUGUUGAAUUUAUAAGCAGCUUGUUACGUCUACUGUUACAUAUUUCUUUACACCUUCCUCCCACAGUUGUCACAUUUACUUUUAAAACGCAUAGUUUCUUUCUGAUUGCUUUUAAUUUUGAUGCUGGUUUUAGGAUAGGAAAUAUCUGUGAUAGAAUGGUCAGAUGGUGAAGGCUCUGCAACUAUCUGUUAAUGUUCUUAAAAAAUGUUGCGUCAUAUUAACUUUAUAUUUUACCAUGACUGUGCCUGAAAGGAAAAAGAAAAAUUGGCAUGCAAUAUGAUGAAAUUUACAGGACUAUUUUUAAUGAUAAGAAGAUCAUUUGUGUACCCUCUGGGUCCCCUGUGAGUUUAAUGUUUUAUUUAUCAAUGAAAUUGUGUUGAUCUCAGAAUCAGGCAAAAGUUUUGGUUAUGACUUUCCGUGACUCGCUGGAAAUUUCA